UUAGCUCUGACUGCUCAGCCAGAGCUGAUGUGUAAAUCUAAAGGGGCAAAGCCCUCCUCACGCAUCCCCACCAUCAAGAACAGGAGAUAGGAGACUGUGUUUCUCAGAUGAAGAAACCCAAAGGGACAUAGCAGGCAGCACAGUCCAUCUCCCAUGGCUCCAGGCCCCUCCAAGGCAGGAGACAUCUUCCCUGUUGAGGUUUGGGCUGUUCUGGCAGCUCCAUGGAGAAAACUGCUGAAGGAGCAGGCACCUGAUCCAUGUCAUUUCUUGUCUCUGCAGGCACCAUCCAAGGACUCUUGUGGAGCCCACUAGCUGCUUAGAGGAGCUGAGCAUAUCUCAAGGUGCCUUUCAAGUAGAGGGAGCAGCACAGGCAGCCUAUUCAGGAGCUGACAUGCAGCAGCAGAUCAGCUCUUUCUUUAAUUCCAUCUUGGAGCUCAUCCGUACCAAGCAUGAGGAAGGCAUCUUCAACACGGUCUGCCUGGCUGUGCUGUUGGGUCUACCCUUCGUUGUCCUCAUGGCUUUCAUUUUCAUCUGCUGCCACUGCUGCUUCUGCAGACGGAGGAGAGAAAGCACAAGGAAAGGUGGCUUCAGCAGCAAUGGGCAGCUGCAUGCCGAGAGGAACAAGAAGAAAAAGAAGAAGCAACAGGAUGAAGAGGACCUGUGGAUCUCAGCUCAGCCCAAGCUGCUCUUGCUGGACAAGAGACCCUCCUUGCCCAUCUAGCAGACAGGAGGGUGUUCAGGCUCUCUCCUCUGAAAUGCCACCAUUCCUUUCACCUGUGCACCAGGAGGGGUGAGGAGAUACCAAAGCUGCUGCCACUUUGUGGUGAUUUUCAACAGAGGCUGAGCCCAGCAUGUUGAAGUGCCAACAGAAAACAAGGCGGUCAGGUACAGGUUGUGCAAGCCUCUUUUCCCCCACCAUAACAGGGAGCCCCUGGGCAGACACCCCUGCAAAGGACAGGUGAGAACACAAGGGUGACCUGCCACUGGGUUCUGUGUACCUCCUGCCACAAGCACAGUGCACACACAUGGGGCUGGCACACAGUGAAGGGGGUGCAAGGCUUUCCCUCUGCACUCAACUGCAAGCACGCGAGCUGCGGCACAAAGGUGCACAGGACAACAUUCACCCAAAGAUAAAGCCACCUGCACACUCCCCCUGCACAACACAGCUGUGAGUGAAGCAGGCACUGUGGUGUGCUUCACACACCUUGUUUGCUUGCCCCGCCAUGGAGAUGACACAGCUUCACUGUCUAGGCUCCAUCCAAAUCCAGCUCCCUUUGGAGACACAAAGAAGGCUGAGUUACCCCACAGCUCAAAGAUGUGCCAUCUCCCAGGCUACCAAACCAAAAUCACUUGGCUAAAGUGACUGAAGCUAGAUGCCCUCAGCCCAACCUUGGAGACCUUAGACACCAUCCUAAGGCAGCACAGCAGAAGGAUGCCUUACCACAUAGGCUAGAAGCAGGAAGGAGAGGAGGAGGCUGCCAAACCAGCCCUUUUGCACCAGCACUUAAGAAAGCACAUUCCUUGAAAAACUGUUUUAUACAAACUUGCCACUAAAGAGCCCACCAUGCUACUGCAAGAGCAGAAACACAACCUGAGGCUGUGUAAGAGCUUUGCUACAGGCAUUCGAGUUAACUGUUGAAUUACUACUGAAGAAGAGUAGGACCAGAGGCCCCUCUGGAGUGGGGGCAGGCACAUGGAAGCAGUACUGAAGCAGAAGACAUGGUUCCCUGGCACACUCAGCCAUCACCUCUCCCUGCAGCCCUUGUGCCAUGAGUCAGACACAAACACCCAUAAGUAUGUGCUGCCCCAACUGAUGCCGGCAGCUAACAGGACCACACACAGCUCUCACUCCUGCUCUGUUUCCCACCUGCCCCACCCUGGCUUGUGUUCCCAUCCUAUGUCCCUUGAGCUGGGGGGGGGUCUCCUCUGCUCCCCCCUCUCUGCCCCACCAGGUUCUGUCUCCCCCAUCUCUUCUAGCAUUGAGGGAUGCAUGUGUGUGAUGAGAAGUCUCAUCACACCUGGGUUUUGCACUGUCUGUACACUGGAUGUCUUCUCUUCCUUCCAUUUUCUUCCAGUUCUUAAGAUGCUGGAGCGCACCAGAGCUGCCAGCCAGAGACAGACAUCUGGGGAAUAAGCAGCCAAACCCAGAUGGGCAAGCCUGGACAGAGCUGCUGGGCACAGGUGCUUCCAGCCCAGCCAAGGGUGAUGAUGCCCUUGCCUUUGGCUCACUUAGAGGACAAAGCCACUGGCUCGAAGCAGCUGCUUGUGCCACCCGGUCCCAGCACAGCCUGUUUUAUCUGAUGCAGGCAGAGCUAUGAUGGACACAUCAUGCCACAGGGUCUGGCUGUGUGCAGCUGCGCUGGGAACAGCCAUGAGGCUAGGCUCCUCUUCACACAGCCCUUUAAAUUGACCCCAUAUGUGCCUUAUUUUCCAGUUUGCUUUGUCACAAUUGAAAUUAGUUACUCCCUUCUGCUCCAAAACAGGAAGCAACAUAUAAUGGUAGAAAAAUCUGGAUUUGCCACAUGCUGUGCUAGGAAACACAGAAAUAGCUCUGAUCUCUAGCUCAAGCUCCCAGACUAGCUAAGAUCUUGGAGAGCUAGCACUGCACUUGUAUUAUUCCUUCUUCAUUCCCUCCUUUCCCCAUCCAGGUACUUUUCUCAGUCCUCCUGCCUCCACAAUCACAGGGCGGCCAAAGGAGCCCAUACAGGUGCUGUGAUCCAGAGGCACAAACAGCCCUGGAGGCAGGGUGGUGCUAUUUGGAAGAUUCAAAAAAAUAUCGGAGUAAGGGGAACUCUAUGGGAGGCCAGAGGCUCAGCCAAACUAGCAGGGGCACUUGGGCAGUAUGCACCAUCAGAGUACAGCCUACCUGGUGUGGAGGUGCCAGGCUUUGCAGGGCUUUCUGCAAGAAGGCUCUUCUGCAGAAAGCAUAGCAAGUAACUCUUCAGGUGAGGGCAACCAAUUCCUGCUAGAACCAGAGAACUGCCAGAAAAAUGUGAGCACUGUAUCACACACAUCUCCAGAUCCAGGCUUUGGGGAGUUCAGAGCUAGGUCUGAAUUUCAAGAGCUCCCCAAAAUCAUCAUUCAAACCACCUUUGGGCUGGGCAGGGAGGGACCAGGAUACAACCCUGCCCUGAUCAUCCCACCGGUGGAUAGUCCGAGCCUCUGCACUCCCUAAAGCAUGGAGGGGCUGGCUUCUGUGGCAUCUGCUGCUUGAGCAAAACCAUGCACUGAAUUGGCUGCUUCUGGAGGAAAAAGCAAAAGAACAGCAACAGCCUGAGGUGCACUAGAACCUGUUACACACCAGCUGGGCAGCAGCAACCCUGCAGCACCCACAUUACCAAGGGGGCAGAGAUGCACAGUACAGAAAGUCCCCUGUACAGUCCCUGCUCUGCAGACACCCCAGCCCUGCCUCCCACAACUGCAUUUCAGUAUCAACCUUCAAUUUUCCUGAACAAGUCUGUGCAACAGGGAAGAAAACAAAUUUUGUGCAAUCUUUUUUAAAACCAAAAAUAAUA